AGAAAUUUGAAUUCAAAUUAAGCACCCUCAAAAUCCUCCAUACUCGGAUACUCUCCUUACCUUCCACACCUUCGUCUACAAGAUUCGUCAUCUUCAGAGCUCGUUUAGUCCUAUCCGCAGAACUCUGUCAAUCAACCUCUCUUCCUUCUUCCCUACCUAGUUCUUGAAUUCUUGGAUUUGGGUUUCAAGAUUUUAGGCGGGAACGCUAGAAUUGGCAGGAAAUAAACGAUCGAUUCUGACUUUGAGGACGAUCUGGGGGUUUAGGCACAUUCGUACGCAUAUUGUUGAAACUGAUGGCUAAGAGCGGGAACCCAUCUCGGAACCACCAUCAUCAUCAAGAUCCCGCUCUUGGGGGGAACCUCAGUAGCUGGAGGACGUCGUCCGAGUCGCGGAAUUCGAAUCAGGGGUCGAGUAUCCGUCGGUACUUCGCUGAUGAAGACACCAACUGGUCUGCCAAAGAGAAAGCGAUUCUCAAAGCAGGACUUCACCGAUAUGCUUCAGAAUCAGACAUAAAAGGAACUUUGGCAAUUGCUGGGCAACUAGAGGGUAAGACAGCCCGGGAGGCGGCAUUAAACCUUCAAUUGAUGAUUGAAGAAGACACUGAUCCAUCAACGGUGACAUAUCAAAAUCCAGCCAAGCCCAAUGAUGCUGUAACCAUAAGUCCUAUGGGCAGUGAUGAUGAGGUCUCAUCCAUAGUCAUUGAUCAUGGUACAGGAGAUCUCAUUUUGCAAAAUUUGGAGGCCUUCAAAAAGAUUUCUGAGAAUCUUGCAGCUAAUCAGCUAGAAUUUAAUGUCGUGCUUUUUUUCCAAACUUGGGACAACAUCCUAAAAAUUUUGAAACGGUAUGUCGCAAAUAUGUGCUUGAUGUGUCUUUUCUUUUUGUCAUUACCCUCGAGUCUCUUUUGCCUUUUCUUUCUUUCUUUCUCUAAGUUAAGUUGUGUUCGCUUCAUUGAUGUUGCUUGGUUGAAGGCAAGAGUUUCAAUGAACUACAUUUUUCAUAUGUUCAGAAAUUUUAGUUUUGAAGAGGAACUUAGAAAAAGAGGUAGGACAGGCUGGAUUUUUCAUUAAUUUUUCUUACGAGGUUAUUCUGCUGCUACCAUAAACAGAUACCUAAAAGUUCAGUGCAAGAAAUGUGUUAUAUGAAAAUUUUGUGUGGAAAUAAUUGUCUCUAACCCAUCAGAUUUUGCUGUAAAAAAUAAAAAUUGUCACUCAUUUUGAUGCUCCACUCACACAGCACCAUGGCAGUUCCUCCAACAAAACAGUCAGGUUGUGUUUGGGAGCAUUGAUUUUAGGUCAUAGAUUUGGAUUUAUAUGAAUUUGGAAAAACUCAAUACAAUCUUGUAUAACAUUUUAUCCAAAUCCACACAAUUCCAAAUCCAAGUCUAAAAUCCAAGCCCCCAAACAUGGGAUCAGAAUUGAAGUCAUUUUGGGGUGUAGCAAUAUGUUUUUGUGGUAGUAGUCAGGCAUUAUGUACUAGAAUACUCCACUGCUACUUUUUUUCUCCUCUAUUCCAAACCAAUUGGUAAUAAAUCAGUUCGAUAAUCUCAAACUUUACAGCCAUUUCAUUCACAUUAGAUGUUGUCAAAGUGUUCUAGUGCCAUGUGCAUCAAAUAUGCCAAAUUUUAGAAAAUAUGAAAUGGGAAUGUUACCAUUUAACAAAAUAUGUGCUGUUUCAAAUAGUUUCACAACUACUUUGGUGCUCUGUAUCUUACAUACCUGUCAAUUGUAGCUCGAUUUUCAUUUAUUCCUUUUUGUGAGAUUACAAACAGAAAUUCAGAUGUUUAUAAAUUUACCUCUCUGCAGCAUGAGCAACAUGCCGGGCAUGACAAAGCUGGGGCCAGUGCGAGAAUUGAUGAACUCGACGCAUUCUCUCACUGCCCUUUUCAGCAUUCAUGAUCCCUCAGAGUUCAUCGAAGUGCAUUUCCCCUGAUCAUUUCCUCCUGCUUAAAUUUCCAAAUAACAGUUACAAUCUCUGAAGGAGGUAGCCAUCAAACAAAAAGACAACAAUUUUCACUUUAUAUAAAAUUUAGGAUCAUUGCUUUAGCAUGACAUGGUAGUCAUUUUUUUAGCUUUUUAAUUGUGAUUUUGUUAUGCCUCUGCAAUAGCUUCUAGAGUUCUAGUUCAUACUCAGUCGAAUCUUUUUUCGUUUAUUCUCUCUACUGGAUUCUCAUCAAGGUAACCAAGAGAUCUUAUGGUGCUUUUUGUUUCUGGAGUUCUUUUAAAUAAAAAUUUAUGCUGGUUGCUACA